GUUGUAGCGCCGACUCGGCACCGAAGUUGGGUAGUUUAAAGGCACACUGUAAAAAAUAGUCUGCACAUUUGUAUUUUUUAAUUAAAAACAACUAAAAAAAUAGGUGAAACAAGUACUAAAAUUUUCGUUUCCCCCCCGCGGCACCGUUACCACUAAAUAGCCCUAUAUAUAUGUAUAUACAUAGAUUUAUGUAUAUUUACGUCACUAUAAAUAAAUAAAACACUGAACAAAAUGCAGCGUCAACAAGCUCAAUGGAAGAAAAUCGUAUUUAUAUAUACUUUACAAUUAUUUUCAUAUGGAACACCUGAGGUACGGCUUGUUGCGCCAAACUACGUCAAGUACAAUAAUUCAGCGAUACUCAUGUGCAAUCACACAGUCCCACCUGAUGGUCUGCAUAAAGUAGAGUUUCAAAAAGAUGAGCGGAAGAUACUCGAGUAUAUACGAGAUCGUAAAGAGCCAUUUCGUAAAACUGCACCGCCGGGUGUUGACUUUGAACAUUCGCUCGAUGGCAAGACAAUCAAAUUAAAUAAUGUGCGGUAUGAGGCGGCGGGUUUGUACUCCUGCUUAGUCAGCUCCACCCACCCCAUUUAUACUGCGAGUUCCAAUGAAGUCAAGCUGCAGGUGAUAGUACCACAAACGGAAAAUCCUCACAUAACCUUCAAGAAGGACGUUUACACAGUAGGAGAAGUCCUCGAGGCUAAUUGUACCUCAUCUCCGGCGUAUCCAGUUCCUUAUCUGACCUGGCUCAUAAACGGAAAAGAGGCAGACAUGACACUCGUGACAACUUAUCCUCAUCGUCAACACAAGAGGCCCCUGAUGUCAGCAACCUCGAAACUUGCAAUCAAGGUGUCUGAGCUGCAUGCUGGGGAUAAUGGACGUCUCGAGAUUGCAUGCCAAGCAACAAUACCGGAUUUUCUCAUUCACAUCAAACAAUACGCCGACAUCAGAAAUAAGACUGUUCCAGUUGACAUUGUCGUGGAACCGACUAAAGCUUCCUCAUCAGCAACUCUUCCUCGUGGGUUAACCCCUCACGAUCUCAUCAGCAUACUACGUGGGAUGCUAAAUUUACUCCUCAACAGCAACAAUAAUGAAGCUAAUAAUCAUAACAUUAUUUAAAUAUACAAGAAAUCUAUUAAAUAAUAUAAUAAUGUCAAUUGAUAUAGCAUAUCGUAAUAAAAAACAAAGCUAUUAA